ACGCCGAAUUGGCAAGUUUGCGGAAGUCUUUGAGCGAGCGUGUUGCCUUCGGGACAAAAAAACUAGAAUUGUGCUACAAGUAGCUGUUUUAUUACGUUUAUAGUACAAACACCAUCUAAACCGUGUUCCGCGUGAAUAUUAUGAAUUCAAUCCGUUCAGCUCAUCGCGGGUAGAUAUCGCGUUACUUACUCAUCAGCUAUGUCCAAAUCAACGGACUCUAAAGAAAGUGAGUCUCAACAAUCCAAACAACUACCGAUUUACCGGCACAAAGCCGAGCUGAUCCGGGCGGUCAAAGACAGCACUUUCCUGCUGGUCACCGGCGAGACCGGCAGCGGGAAAACCACGCAACUUCCAAAGUAUCUCCAUCGAGCAGGUUUCUGUAAAGAUGGCAAAAUUGGAAUCACUCAGCCCCGCCGGGUGGCCGCCAUCACGGUGGCCCAACGGGUGGCCCAGGAGAUGCACUGCACUCUGGGUAAAGAGGUUGGCUACCAAGUGCGCUUUGAUGACUGCACGUCACAGAGCACGGCGGUGAAGUACAUGACGGACGGCUGUUUGCUCAGAGAGAUCCUGGCAGAUCCCGUGCUCUCUCAGUACAGCGUGGUCAUCUUGGACGAGGUCCACGAACGCAGCCUCAACACGGAUAUUCUCCUGGGCCUAUUGAAGAAAAUGUUCUCCAAGCCUGGUAAGGCCGCCGAGGGCAGAUCUUUCCCUUUGAAGGUGGUGGUGAUGUCCGCUACCUUGGAAACGGACAAACUUUCAUCCUUUCUCGGCGACUGCCCCGUCUUCACUAUUCCCGGGAGGACUUUUCCCGUCACCUCCACAUUCGGGUUUGCUGUUGGACCUAAAGACAUCGAGAGCUCUGGUUAUGUAAAAGAGGUGGUGAAAGUGGCCCUCGAUGUGCACACUAGUGAAAAGGCCGGAGAUAUUCUUGUGUUUCUGACCGGUCAGGUGGAGAUUGAGCGUGCGUGUGACUUGCUGUAUGAAAAAGCAGAGUCCAUAGACUACCGCUAUGACGUGGAGGACCAAACCGUGGAGGGCCUUCUUAUUUUGCCCCUUUAUGGAUCCAUGCCCACAGAUCAACAGAGGCAGAUCUUUCAGCCCCCACCUUCAGGAAUAAGGAAGUGUGUCGUGGCAACGAACAUCGCAGCGACGUCUCUCACCAUCAACGGCAUAAAAUACAUCAUAGACAGCGGAUUUGUGAAGCAACUCAACCACAACUCAAGAGUGGGCAUGGAUAUCUUGGAAGUGGUGCCCAUCUCAAAGAGCGAGGCUGAGCAGAGAGCGGGUCGAGCUGGAAGAACGUCGGCCGGGAAAUGCUUUCGAAUCUACACCAAGGAAUUCUGGGAGAAGAACAUGCCCGAGUACACCGUUCCAGAGAUCCAGAGGACGAGCUUGACUGCAGUGGUGCUCACACUCAAGUGCCUGGGCGUUCAUGACGUCAUCAGGUUCCCUUAUCUGGACUGUCCGGAGGAAAGGUUUAUUCUUGAGGCUUUGAAACAACUCUACCAAUUUGAUGCCAUCGACAGGAGAGGGAGGGUGACCCGGCUGGGGGAGCUGAUGGUGGAGUUCCCCCUGCACCCAGGCCUCACCAGGGCCGUGCUCAAAGCCGCCUCGCUGGGCUGUCAGGACCUGCUGCUGCCUGUGGCCGCCAUGCUGUCGGUAGAGAACAUUUUCAUUAGGCCAGGCCACCCUGAGAAGCAGAAGGAGGCGGAUGAAAAGCACAAGGCGCUGGCCACAAAGAGCGGCAGCAUGAACGACUUUGCCACUCUCCUCGCUGUGUUUCAGUUAUGUAAAUCCAGCGGCAGGCCGUCGGCGUGGUGCAAAGAUCAUUGGGUCCACUGGAGGGCGCUGAAGUCCGCCUUCAGUGUGGAGACUCAGUUGCGCGAGAUCCUCCUCCGCCUCCAACAGAAGAGAGAUUUUCCUGUGGACACGUACGAUGGCGAGAAGAGUGAACUCUUCAGACGAUGUCUGUGCACAGGAUACUUCACCAAUGUUGCCAGAAGGUCUGUCGGAAAGGUGUUUUGCACGAUGGAUGGCCACGGCUCCAUGAUCCACAUUCACCCGUCCUCCUCGCUGUUUGACCACGAGGGCAAGCUGAACUGGAUCAUCUUCCACGAUGUGCUGGUGACCUCAAAGGUAUACGUCAGGACCGCGUGUCCUAUUCGAUACGAGUGGGUGAAGGACUUGUUACCCAAACUACACGAGGUGGACGUCUAUGAGCUGAGCAGUGUGGCAAGAGAAGAAGUGACGGAUGAGGAGAUGAAGAAAUGGGAGACCAGGGAAGCAGCCAAAAGACAACCAGAGGUUUCUACCGAGGAUGUCAUGAAGAAGCUGGAGAAGCGUAACAACGAGACCGAUGUCUGCGAUGCUCGAGCUCGCUACCUGCAACGAAAGCAACAAAGGCAACAAAAUAAAGCUCCUUGACAGAACAACGAUGUAUAGAAAAUUAUCUCUGAAUAAUAAAUAUUUGUUACAUUUAUAAUGAAAAA